AUAUUCCUCUCUAUCCAUUAUUGCUUCAUUUUCCACAAUCCAACCAGCAAUCUCCCCACUCAUUUUUUAACCUUUUCCAAUCUCAAUCAUUCAAUUCUACUUUUGAUAAAGUUUUUAAGAGAGAAAGUAAAGGAAAAUUGUAGAAAUUUGAAUGGCGACUUUUGCUGCUGCUGCUGGGGGAAUGAUUAGAUCAAAUGGAUUACAAUACAAGGCUAUGAAGAAGAAGAAGAAGAACAUGGUGAACAGGAUGACGGUUUCUUGCUAUUCUUCGGUUUCGAUGGUGGAUCCAUACAAGACUCUCAGGAUCCAGCCGGGUGCCUCUGAAUCUGAAGUUAAAAAAGCUUUUCGAAUACUGGCUUUACAGUAUCAUCCUGAUGUUUGUAGAGGAAACAAUUGUGGGGUGCAAUUUCACCGGAUCAAUGAAGCUUACGAUAUUGUGAUGAGCAAUUUGAGGGAAGAAAACGAAUCCCAGAAGGAUGAAGAGAUUGAUGAAGCGAUGAGGGGGAUGAAUGAUCCAGACUGGGAUUUAUGGGAAGAAUGGAUGGGAUGGGAAGGAGCUGGAAUUAGAGACUACUCAUCUCAUAUUAAUCCUUACAUUUAAUUCACUAAUUCAAGUAAUUGUUGUAGUUGUUGUGGUAAAAAGGCCAUUCAUUUUUGUAUAUAUGGACCCUCAGAUGAUGAUGGCUUUGUUGUUCAUAUUCUUACCUAAACUAUGUAAAUGAUAGUGUAAUGGGCCAUUUUUGUUAUGGUCCUUUUUGUCCAGUUCAAUAAUUGAGUCGAAAUACUUUUCGCUUUUUAA